AUGCCUCAAGCACGCCGCCCGAUUUUCCUCUAUGGAGUCAAGGUCGGUGGCCGCGAAGAAUACUCAAGGGAUCUGAAAGACAUGGAACCAGCGAGAGACUUAGGCCAAAUCCAGUACCCGGGCUAUAACUUCUACAAACGUGGCGUGGUAUUUCGCGUGCUAUGGCCUGAGCUGGCUGGAGAUGUCAAGCAAGACAUUACGAUUGCAACCACCUCUAUAGGCGCAUCAUACGGAGAAAAGACUUAUUACAAAAUCCGUUGGUUCGUUGUAAUCCGAGAAGGGCACAAUUGCUGUACCUGUUUAUCGAUCCAAACAUAUGGUGGCAGAGGCGUCCCAGAGAAUAAGCCCAACAACCAUCAUGCUAUCAUGUACACUGGGAAGUCGCCUCCACGAGCCACGGCCUCAGAACUCGUCCCGACAGAGCCACCGAUGGGCCAACCUAUCCGCGUGAUAGGGAAAGACCCUUGGAAUACUAUGGAUUCAAGGUCGCGUGUAAAUUUUCUGAAACUUUAUACUGUUGAGCACAACGUCAAAGUGGAGGACUUUGGUCAUGUUGAUCCCAAUGACGAGUGGAAGCUGAUGGCUCAAUUCAAGUCGCAUUGGGGAAUCGAGGAUGCGGAACCUCUGCCACCCGCUCGUCAUACCAAGUUUUACGAUGGUCAUACCUAUGGGCCAGCUCCAACACAAACACGACAAGAUUCUUUCACUGAAUCGACCCAUGCUUCAGCGUGGCAGACUGCGUAUGGACCAGACUCAACAACACCCACAUCUACACUGCAUAAUCCAGAGCCAUACAGCCAAUACCAAAGCGCGGGCACGAGCGCAUACGCAGGGCCAAUCAAUGCAACAUACCAAGCAUCUAGUUAUUCGUCUCAAGCCUAUCCGAACAGUUCAGCCUACCAAGUACCUGGCAAUCAGUUUCAUCCCUCAUCUGCUUUCUCAUAUCCACACCCUAGUAACACGGCCUACGUGGCUUCUCAAAAUCCGGCUUAUGUUACACCUAGUACCAGCCACUACGCCUCGCCUGCUUCACAGAGGCCUACCGCGCAAUACCCUGCUGGUUAUACACUAGUCGACAGCCAGACGCAAUACGCGCCAGCAACGAACAGCCAUGCCGACCUGUACGAAGAUGACCGUCGAACACCUCGCGCCCAUAGGCCUUCAGAAGCUAGCUCUGGAAAAAGUAAACAACAAAAUGAUUCGCAAAGACGCAGGUAG